AUGAUUUCCUCGGCUGCUUGGAUCGCCCGUGGCAUAGCUGCGCGGCAUCCAGAGAAGCACCAGCUCGAUGAUGCAGAACUAGAACGCAUCAGCAAGCUAACAAACACGGAGCUGGGAGAGGCCGAGCGGCAAUUGGCGCAGGCGCAAGCCGCAGCAGACGACGGAUGGGAGGACGUUGAUGAAGACGAAGACGAAGACGACGAUGAUAAUGAGGAUGAGGCUAUGGAUGAAGAUGAUGCUGGUGGCGACCCAAAUGAUUUGAGCCGAUACAAGCUCGAUGAUUAUGAUAAGGAGCCAGCACAGAAUGUGGCGAUGGGUGCACUCAGUGGCAUACGAGGCGUGCAGUUUUUCCGGUCGAACGAUGAUGAUCCAUACUUGACAAUGAAAGAGGACCCAGCAGAUGAAGCUGAAGAACGGGAACAGCUUGAAGUGCUUCCUACGGAUAACAUGCUUCUUACCGCCAAGACAGAAGACGAUGUGUCGAUGAUUGAGGCAUACGUAUACUCGUCACAAGACCAAAACUUAUAUGUACACCAUGACUUGUUGCUGCCUUCCUUCCCACUGCAUUUGGAGUGGCUCGACUAUACACCAGCGCCGAUGCUAGACGAGUCACAGCAACAGGGACAAGGUGGCCGUGCAGCAGGGGCGCCGGGGAACUUUGUGGCUGUUGGCACGAUGGAUCCAGAGAUUGAAAUCUGGAACAUGGAUACAAUUGAGUGCAUGUAUCCCGACUCGGUGUUGGGCCGCAAGGACUUGACGGCAGCCCUAGACGCUCCCUCAGGCACGGGCAAGAAAAAACGACGUGUGCCCAAGGCACGUGUGCCAAACGACUCCUAUCAUGUGGACGCCGUGUUGUCGCUUUCGUGGAACCGACGCGUGCGCAACCUGCUGGCUUCUGCUUCAGCUGAUACAACAGUCAAGAUGUGGGACUUGUCUCGACCCAUGUCUGGGACGUCUUCCAGUGCACUGCGCAGCUUCUCUGGCCACACAGACAAGGUGCAAAGCGUAGCGUGGCAGGUGGGCGCGCCUGGCAUGGCGUCUGGCACAGAGAAUCCUGCUGUCUUGCUGUCAGGUAGCUAUGACAAGACGAUUCGCGUGUAUGACACGCGCAUGCCGGAGCAGGCUAUGAUCGCACGUAUUGGCGCUGAUGUCGAGGCUGUGAGAUGGAACGGAUGGAAGGAUCACGCAUUCCUUGUGGCGCUAGAGUCCGGUACUGUGCAUGGCUUUGAUGUGCGUGCUUUGUCGCCACAGGGUACAGAUGCUGCCCUUUACACGCUUGUGGCGCAUGACGGUGCGUGCACGUCGCUGGACAUUAGCCCGCAUAUCCCUGGCUGCCUCUUGACUGCUGGCACAGACCGCCAAGUGAAGCUGUGGAGUAUCGAUGACGAGGACGCCGACAAGCCACGGAGCAUCAAUCUUGUGACUGCGCGUGAUCUGGGCAUCGGCAAGAUCUUUACCACGAGCUUCUCGCCCAACGACCCCUUGACCGUGGCAGCUGCUGGCUCGGGUGGAAAGCUGCAUAUCUGGGACACGUUGGCGAACCCCGGUAUGCGACGGACGUUUGGUGACCGCCUUCGUCGCCUCGACCAAUAUGCGGCAAGACACGCCGUCGAUUUGUCGCACGUGCAAUUGGAUGACCGUGCAGAGCGAUCGGCAGACGUGGAAGUGGAUGACGAUGCCGAGUCAGAUGAAGACGAUGAUGCAGAGAUGCAGUAG